GUCUGCUGCUCCAGCUGUCUUCUUUUGUCACUUGUUCAGUUCUUCUCACUCCAGUCAUACUCUUCGGUAAAUGCUACAAUCUCCAGUCACUGCUAAGAAUAAACCUCUCAGCAUCAAGGCUGUGUCAACCCCAAACACUUCAGGAACUAGAUUGGGAAGAUGACCCAGUAGAAUGACCUCACGCAAGAGUCUAUAUAAGUUAGACUAAGCAGGCUACUGUGGAAUUUGGAUCUUAACGGAGGAGACUACUAGCUCGGUGCUUGUCUACGGGCUGCAGCCAUGUCACAGCCAGCUCCCGUGAAAAAGAAGCGCCCUCCAGUGAAAGAGGAAGAUCUCAAAGGAGCUAGAGGAAAACUCUCUAGCAACCAGGAAAUCAAAUCCAAAACGUACCAAGUCAUGAAGCAGUGUGAGCAAUCUGGCGCUGCCGCACCAUCCAUAUUCAGCCGAGACCGCACAGGAGGGGAAACGGUUUUUGACAAGCCCAAAGAAGAGCCUCCAAAGAGUGUCUUUGGCUGACGGCCAAGUUCAAGAUCUGUGAUGAAUAUUCACCACUUCCGUAAUCUACCCACCCCCUUUUGCCUUCACAUACACCAGUCUUAUUACUGCACUGUGGACUUAAUCCUUUUAAUUACUAGUAAUUAACACAAGAACUUGCAUUGAAAAAUGCUCCUUUUUUGUACACACUGAGAGACACAUAUACACAUAUUGUGGGAUAUAUAUUUUAAUCCCUAGCUGCGGAGGAUUCAAGUAGGCUGAUGGCAAUAGAAGGCAGGCUGGUAGUAUAAUGACCAACAUUGUUACACACGUACAUUUUCUUUAAAUAUAUGUUCCAGAAGAGCAUCCCAAUCCCCGUUGUGUUGAUAAUUUGUGAUUUCAAUCAAUAAAGGCACGUUGGUUUCGA